CAGCGAUGGUUCAGUCUCGUUCUUAGCCUCCUCUUGGCUGGAAUCGCGCGAAUGAACUCGCGUCGGUAUUAAUCGAUGUUAUUGCCAUAGGUUUUUUUUUCUAUUCGUAACUAAACGUGAUUCAAAAUUAUUCAUCUUUUGUUUGUGCGAUAUAAAUAAAAAACAAAGAAAAAAAGAGGGAGAGAGAGAGAGACAGAGAGAGAGAGAGAGAGAGAGAGAGAGAGAGAGAGAGAGAGAGAGAGAGAGAGAUAAAGAAGGAAGAAGAAGAGGAAGAAGAAAAAUAAAAAAUAAAGAUAUUAAUUUUUCAUUUCAUCGAAGUGAAAUAGAAAGAAGAAGGUGUAACUAACAACGACUUGGGUUAAGCAAGUUUAUUCUGUGAAAAAUGGAGGCAGAAAAGAACGGUACUAUCGAGAAGGAAAAGAAUGAGGGUGGAAAUGAGGUGGCAACUUCUGUAAACGUUACGAACGAAGUUGCGAAUAUGAAGCUCGAUGACGUUACAGCUAAUACGGGAAAUUCGACGCCAGGUAGUCCAGCUGCCAGUUCACCAGCCGGUAGCUUUUUGACGAAUUUCAAAGCUUUCUCGAAAUUUGGUGAUCCUAAGAGUGAUGGAAAAUUGAUAACACUUAGCCAAAGUGAUAAAUGGAUGAAACAGGCCAAAGUGAUUGAUGGAAAGAAGAUUACAACAACGGACACCGGGAUCUAUUUCAAGAAACACAAGUCAAUGAAACUUGGUAUCGAUCAGUACAAAUCAUUCCUCGAGGAACUCGCUAAAAGUAAGAAGGUCGAUUUCGUUGAAAUGAAAAACAAGAUGGCAAAUUGUGGUGCACCAGGUGUUACAGUAGGUGCAUCCGGGGCCGGUAAAGCAGCAUCUACGGUGGAUCGUUUGACGGAUGUUACUAAAUACACCGGUUCUCAUAAGCAACGUUUCGACGAGAGUGGUAAGGGUAAGGGUAUAGCUGGUCGAAAGGAUUUACCCGAUCAGUCGGGAUAUGUCCAAGGUUAUCAAAACAAGGACACUUAUAAUAAAGGUCACUAGCCCGAU